AAAGCGUAUUCAGGCAGGACUUCCUGUCUCGAUGCGUGCCGAUCCCGCAUUAUUGAAUAUGAUUUAAAGACUCAAACCCCAGCAUCUGCCGAAUUAGUGUUAGUUUCCCCAACAUAUUACUUGAAAAAUAGCUAAUUUGACUGUUAGAGAUUGUUUGCGGUGGCACAUAUUAGGAGCUGUGUCCUAACAAACUUAGUGCAGGGCAUAAGUCUUUGACUUGUUUGGCAUCGUUUAUUUAAAAACUACUGUGAACUGGAGACAAACUAAGCGGACAGAUAAUUUCUCAUGAUCAGCCAGUGAUGAGUGAAUUCAGCUUUACUUCUAGCCCCAAAACAAGUGUUAAGUUAUUGGUUUGUCUGGAUGUGAUUUAAAGAGGCUUUAGAGUCUAGUCUAACUAGUACACUGUGAAACAGCGCCACCCCAUGGCUGUAGUUUUUCUAGAUUUUGCUUUUUUUCUUUUUAGCAGAAAUUCCAGAAAAUGCACUAUAUACUCAAAAUCGGUCCCCUUUUUUGUUUAUGUUUUAGUCUGGCGAGUGGAGGGAGUGGAGGCUGUUAUAGUAGCAUAUUAAUGCCCAAGGAAUGAUAAUUUAAACGUUCAGAUAUAGAUGUUAUGGGCCUUUUUCACAGCAGACACGUCUUCAUAGAAAAAAAGAGUGUUUUAAUGAACACACACUUCACAAAAAAAACUCCUAAUAAUUGUGGCUACAUAAUUCUGAUCCAACUCUAGAGAGACAUUUCAGGGGUCACAGGGAGACUGUGGCUAGUGUUGACUUCAGCUGCAACACAAAACAGAUAGCCACAGGCUCUAUGGACUCCUGUGUGAUGAUCUGGCACAUGAAACCUCAGAUGCGAGCGUAUCGUUUUGAUGGACACAAAGAUGCUGUCACUUCUGUGCAGUUUUCCCCCUCUGGCCACCUGGUGGCGUCGGCCUCCAGAGACAAGACUGUACGUCUCUGGGUGCCCAGCAUGAAGGCUGAGUCAACAGCUUUCAGGGCUCACACUGCCACCGUGCGCAGUGUUAACUUUUCUGGGGACGGACAGACUCUGGUCACAGCUUCUGACGACAAGACCAUCAAAAUCUGGACUGUCCACAGGCAAAAGUUUCUGUUCUCUCUCAACCAGCACAUCAACUGGGUCCGCUGUGCCAAGUUUUCUCCAGACGAUCGUUUGAUUGUGUCGUCCAGUGAUGAUAAGACAAUAAAGCUGUGGGACAAAAACAGCAGAGAGUGUAUUCAUUCUUUCUAUGAACAUGCUGGUUAUGCAAACCAUGUAGAUUUCCAUCCCAGUGGAACAUGCAUCGCUGCGGCCAGUACUGACAAUUCUGUCAAGGUGUGGGACAUCAGAUCCCAUAAGAUGCUACAGCACUACCAAGUUCACAGUGGUGUGGUGAACACUGUGUCUUUCCACCCGGCUGGUAAUUUCCUCAUCACUGCGUCCAGCGAUUCCACAAUGAAGAUACUGGACCUUGUAGAGGGCAAGCUACUGUAUACGUUGCACGGACACCAGGGUCCAGUGACCUGUGUGGCCUUUUCCAGGACAGGAGAGUACUUUGCCUCUGGAGGUUCUGAUGAACAGGUAAUGGUGUGGAAGAGCAAUUUUGAAUCUGCUGAAUACAGUGAUGGAGUCCGUCUGCUGCAUAGAACUACUUCCAGCUCGCAGGCACCACCAGCCAGCUCCGCAGCUCAGCCGCCCUUUUACUCGCAUUCAACUGUGUUCCGCAGCCAGGCGUCUGAACCAUCAGAACAUUUUAACGGACAGGACUCCCACACUGGUGCCCACACUCAGAGCGGCAGUCGCAGUUGCAGCCACAGCAGAGCGACUCAUUCCCACACCUACAGAAACCACAGCACCAGCUCCUCCUCCACCCACCAGACGCAGACCCAGAGUUUACCACAGCACACUACCCAGGUUCCAGCACAGUCCCAGGCCUCAGAUGGAGGGGUCCCCCCGGGUCUAGCCAGCACCCUAGAACACAUCAUAGGUCAACUAGAUAUUCUCACUCAGACGGUUUCGAUCUUGGAGCAGCGACUGACGCUGACAGAGGACAAGCUCAAAGAGUGUUUGGAGAACCAGAUGGAGAUCAGCCUACAUCUCCAGAGACAAGAGGAGGCCGAAAAGACGGCGGCAUCAGAGAGAGGUUGAGCUGCGGUGUGAAAGGAAAUGGGAUCACAUCAACACCAUAAACAGAAGCACAUGUACAGUAACUCCCCUCGUCGUCGUAAGAUCACACUUAUAAUGUCUAAUGUUAUGCACAGUGACACAUUUGCAUGUUAAGCAAAGACUUAAGACUUUUUUUCCUGACUGGACUUUAAAUGCACACCGAGCCUUACUGCUGAUGUACUGUGUCUGUUUUUUAAGAGAUAUCAGAAUUGAAGGAGUUGAAUAGAGAAGUUGCUUCUCUACAACAUUGCUGAGAGCGCAGUCCCUUUUCUGCUGACGAAGGACCUGGUGUGUGUGUGUGUGUGUGUGUGUGUGUGUGUAGACACAUAGACACAUGCAAGAGACCUUCGCACUUUCCUAUGCACUGCACAUGGGGACAUUUUUAACUCUAUUUGUGUGUGCAGGCAUCAGUAAAGUGCUCGUUUACAACCAAAAAGCACAUAGUAAACUGUGCACACAAACAAAAUGCACAAAGGAUAUAGUCAUCAAUCUAGUAAUUCAUCAAUCAUUUUAGUUGUACGAUGUACAGUAACUUCAUCAUUUUUAAAUUGGAGAAAGAGGCUCAUUGAAAAAGUAAUUUUAAAAACUGUAGUAAACAUUUACUGCUGAGCAUGUAAAAUAACAUCAAUGUUAUACUUUAAGUUAGAAUGAUGAUGUUAUUUGCCUUGGUUUGGAUUGUCUACCCUGCGAGUUCCUGACGGCUGAUUGUAGUUACUACAGUUUAAAAGAGAAGUGUCUCGUUCCAUCCCUUUAUAUCUUUUGUCUGAAACUUUUAUACACUGAAAGUAACUUAUUGUGUACCUUCUUAAUAAAUUUUUUCACUCUUA